AUGGCUCCCGCUCUUGCAAAAUUUCAACCCUACAUAGGUCAAGAACCACCUGAUGAAUACUUGGAUAAGGUUAUUCAGUCAUGGGCAUAUCUCGAAGGGCAUAUGAUGGUUUUUGAAAAUGCAAAUGCAGGAGAUUUUAACGAUAUGGUUAAGUGUAAUAUUUUAAAAUCUAUGAUGGGCGGAAAAUAUGCUCCAGUACCAGCAAAUAAUGGUCUUGUAGUAGGGAAUCCAGCUAUAAAUUCUCCAGAUACAUUACGAG